AUGUCCUUGAGAACAUUUACAUUGUUAUGCUUGUUGUAUAUAGGCUAUUGUAAAGAAUCAGGGGAAAAACAUCUGAAAAUUCUUACAUAGUCAAUAGGAUCAAUGUUAGUUUCUGAAAUUGGUGACAAAACUUUCUUCUUAGCAGCAAUUUUGUCAAUGAAGUUUAAUAGACUAGCUGUUUUUGCUGGAGCAACAGCAGCCCUAGUCUUAAUGACAGGAAUCAGUUGUGCUUUCGGUAUAAUAGUUCCAACUCUCUUGCCCCGCUUUUAUACUGCAAUAGUCGUGACGAUUAUAUUUUACUUCUUUGGAGCUAAAUUACUCUUCGAUUGGUAUCAUAUGGAGAAUGACGGGGAUAAAGAAGAAUUGAAAUAAGUAGAAAUGGAGCUUGAAGAAUUGGACAAAAAAUUACUGAGUAGCCACAAAAUUAUUGAUCCUGAAAAUCCCUCAGAAGGACAAAAAUCAAAUUUGUCAGCUGUAGUGCCUAUUCAAUAAAUUAUAUGGUAAGCAUUUAUCAUGACCUUUUUGGGAGAAUGGGGUGAUAGAAGUUAAAUUACUACCAUAAGUUUAUCUGCUGUUUAAGAUACAGAUAUCGUGUUUCUAGGAUGCAGCUUAGGCCAUCUAAUGUGUACAACAAUAGCUAUACUUGGAGGAAAACUCUUAGCUAACUAAAUCUCUGAAAAGACCGUUAAUUUGGUUGGAGGAAUUGUGUUUAUCAUUUUUGGGUUGAUGCAUACUUACGAUUUAAUGACAGGACACUUAGAUUGA